CUCCUCUCCAAUCUCCUCUCCAACUCCAACACUCCUCAGUACGACAAUUGCAUACCCCACCCGCGCACAAUGGCAGACCCCGCACUCCCACCACUCGCCACGCUCCCGCCGCUCCUCUUCGCCGCCGCCGUGAGCACGUACGGCCUGUACCUGUGCCGCGCCAACAUCACGCGCCUGCAGACCUACGAGUCCGCGUCUAAGAAAGCCGCCGAAUGGAGCGAGACAGCCGCCCAGCGCCUGCGGAAAACGCGCAGCACGCAGGCUAGCGGGACGCUUGCGCUAACCCUCUCCUUCCUCCCCUCAACAACCCUCCCCUUCCUCCCCUCCUACCAAACCCCCAGCUUUCUAGGCAUCACCGGCCUGGCCCUCGGCACCGCCCUGUACGUCGCCCGCGCCCACAUGUCCGGCUUCUGGAACGAGCGCACCCAGACCAAGAUCCCGCUGGUUCACGAUUUCAACGACGCGGUGAGGGGCAGCGAGGCCGUGGUCGGCGUGCUGGAGGUGCUGGCGUUUAGUUGGGGGGUUGCGGGGUGUGUGUGGGCGCUUGGGUGGGGCGGGGUGGGUUUGGGGGUUUGGGGGGUUGUGGUGGUGGGGAGGGGGGCGUGGGUUGUUGGGCAGGCGGGGGGAGGGGCGUGA